GUCUCAAAGAGAAUUAAACAACCACAAAGAUGUUUGAAGCCGGAGCAUUAUUUGGUUUCACCGGCACGACCAUGGCGAGUCUUAUGUUCUUCUGGUCAAUGUACAGACAGUUUGUGCCAUACCAACUCAGAGACUACUUGGAGAAAUGUUUUUACAAGAUGUUCGGUUUGGUCUCAACUUCUGUUCACAUCAAAUUCACUGAAUACACAGAAGAUAAAGGUCUCAAGAAAAGCCAAGCUUAUGAUUUGAUACGCAACUACUUAUCCUCGAAAUCAACGGCUCGUGCUCAGAGGUUAAAGGCUAAUGAAUCAAAAAACAGCAAAUCUUUGGUGCUUAGUUUGGACGAUCACGAGGCUGUUGAAGAUGUGUUCCAAGGUGUGAAGGUGGUGUGGUCUUUGAGCGUGUGGAAGAGUGAUAAUCAAGCUGAUUCGAGCGAGAAAAGGUACUUGACUUUGAGUUUCCAUAAUCGGUAUAGAGAGAUGAUCACAACGACUUAUCUUGAUCAUGUUUUGAGAGAAGGGAAAGAGAUUGGGUUGAAGAACAGAGAGAGGAAGCUUUACACUAAUAAUUCAAGUCAAGAUUAUUCGGCUUGGAGAGAAGGAAGAUGGAGCAACGUUCCUUUUGAUCAUCCGGCGACGUUUGAGACUUUGGCUAUGGAUCUUGAGAAGAAGGAAGGGAUUAAGAAGGAUUUGAUUAAGUUUACUAAAGGAAAAGAUUAUUAUAGGAAGGUUGGGAAGCCAUGGAAACGCGGUUAUCUCUUGUUUGGACCGCCCGGGACAGGGAAAUCGACGAUGAUAUCCGCAAUGGCGAAUUUCUUGGAGUAUGAUGUGUAUGAUCUUGAGUUGACGACUGUGAAGGAUAACUCGGAGUUGAAGAAGUUAAUGUUGGAUACAAAAGGGAAGUCUAUAGUUGUGAUUGAAGAUAUUGAUUGUUCGCUUGAUCUUACGGGACAGAGAAAGAAGAAGAAGGAGGAAGAUGAGGAUGAAGAGGAUGAAGAAAAGAAAGCUGAGAAGUUGUUGAAGAGAGAAAGAAGUGAGAGAGAGAGUAAGGUUACUUUGUCGGGGCUAUUAAACGCCAUUGAUGGGUUGUGGUCAGCUUGUAGUGGAGAGAAGAUUAUUGUGUUUACAACGAAUUAUUUGGAUAAGCUUGAUCCGGCAUUGAUACGUAGAGGAAGAAUGGACAACCAUAUUGAGAUGUCUUAUUGUAGGUUUGAAGCUUUUAAGGUUUUGGCUAAGAACUACUUGGAGAUUGAGUCACAUGACUUGUAUGGAGAAAUCGAGCGGUUGGUGGAGGAAACGGACAUGUCUCCAGCUGAUGUUGCUGAGAAUUUGAUGCCGAAAUCUGAUGAAGAUGAUGCAGAUAUUUGCCUUAGGCGGUUGGUUAUGUCUUUGGAGGAAGAGAAGGAGAAAGCAAGGAAGUUGGCUGAGGAAGAAAAGAAGAAGAAAGAAGAGAGGGAUGCAAGGAGGAAGAAGAAGAAAGCAGAGGAAGAACACAAAAAGAAGAAGGAAACAGAGGAAAACGGCGACGUUUUUCGCGAUAAUGGUAACCUUAUUUGAGCAAAGAUCUUUAUCAGAAAAAGAAGAAGGAAAAAAGAUUGGAGCGUAGAUGUGAUGAAUUAAUAUUUGAGUCUACUCUUUCUUUAGGUUUUGUUUUGUCUAAUAAAUUUUAAAUGCAAUA